CUUCGAAACAAGUAAACAUGAAGAUUUGAAACGCUGAUUGGUCCGUCUCUUGUCAUACAGGGGACAAUGACAAGUUUAGGAACAAUGGAUCGCUUUAGCAAUUGUAAUUCGCCGCCAAAAACACGGCACUGUUUUACGACAAACUGCACUUCCACCCUGUAUCUAAGAACAUCAUAACAUUUAGCAAAUAUCUGGCGGACGUCAAUCAAAAAAACUGUGGACAGAACGGCGCUCAGAGAKAAUUCUGUCAUGAAUAAUUAAACAAACAACAGAGUGGCUUUCCCGCCGACGACUGUGAUUGGUUAGAAACGCAUCACGUGUCGUGUAGUGUUGAAAAAUUGCAAUAAUUACCGUCCAAUUGUCAAUGGUUGUUCACGGAGGGUUUGCGUGUUAGCAGAGGUGAUAGUAGAUGUAAAGUUCGAGAGGUGAUUUUUGAAAGGAGUCAGCAGCGCGCACUCAUAUGAAUGGCGGGAAACUGAGUAUUGAUGGCGUUACUUUGUUUACCUACCAAGCAGCGACAGCAUUGACUCCUAGGACGUACAAGUAAAUGGAUCAAAGAUUCUCUUAGAGUAAUUCCAUCGAACGAUCGAUCGCCGCGAUCAAACGUUCGAUCCGUUUGUGGUUCGUUAAGAAGGACUAGAGGCUUAUAGCAUGACGACCACUGAGUACCCUCGUCUCUGCUGCUAGAAAAUACAGGGUUGCGUAUGAUGAACGAAAGCCCAAUUUCAAAUCGUUCGCCGACAAUGACAACAGAUCGAGUUAGUGCACCAAGCCAGGAACGAAGUYAUACUAAGGAAAAUGACACCCAGCGUACUCCUACGUCGGACGAAGCUGGAGGUCGAACCACUACAAGUACUACAGAUCAUGAUGGUGGGCGAAUAACAGAGACUGAUCCAAAUGAUGUUGACAAUAAAACAAAGAGCCUCCAAGACAAGGAUAGCGAUAAAAAGCAAGCACAAGUAAAACAACAACAAAACAAGAAAAAASUGUCCAGCAGUUUGCCYCGACAGGUAAAAUUCACUGCUACGUUUUUGCCUUUYCGAUAUUGAUAUKUACCAAAAAGCACCCCUCUUUCCUUCCAACAACAACACAUGUUUUGUUACAUGAUAUUGUUGAAGGUAUUUCAGAUAUCACAAAACAGGGCAACUAUCCAAGAUAGAUAGAAUGCAUUUCGAACACCACUGAAUUUAAAUAUCUUAAACUUCCAUUAAUUUAUGGAGUAUGUCAAUGAACUUAAUAUUUCCAAGUGGUAAUGUUACACACAUUGACAAUAAUUACACCUUGGCAUCUGAAUCAGCUGUUUUUAGUCACUGGUGUAGAUUGUUUUGUAAUUUGAUUUCUUAGAGGAAACAUUAUACAGGAAUUUGUUGAAAGUUGUGGAUGUUCAAGCUUGACCCCUUGAAUACACACUUAUAUAAAUCCUUUUGACUGGAGACCCUGUUUUAAAUGUAUCUCUGCGCAACCUCUAUUGCUUGCCAUACUAUAAAGAUGAAUUUAUUUGAAAUAGCAACAUUUCGUGUUAUUUUUAACAAAUUAAUUUCUUCAAAAUAAGAGUUAUACAAAAAGAGCAUGAUAUCAUUCUUCCAAAAGAAGGAAAAACAAAUUUCUAAGUGUACAUUUGCUGUAAAAGAGCAAUUGCUUAGAGCAAAAUAAUUUCUCAUGGUUCCUUGAAACGGUAUCAAUUACUAUUAUCAGUAAGUGCAUUACUUCCUACAAGUUUGACUCACUGUUUUCAGAUGAAAGCAGAUAUAUUUCUAGCAAUCUAAAACUCAGUAAUUUUGGUUUUUGCUGCAAUUUAGUUGCAUUGGCAUUUUCACUUCAACAAAAUUGCUGGGGAAACCUUUAAAAGUGAACUAAUUUCAAUACUUUGCUGUGUCUGUAAGCAAAACUUCUGCAGGGUAGUGGCAUUUUGUAGCAGGUGACAUGGUAAAAGGGUUAAAAAUAUCUCAGAUAGAAAGACAAUAUUAAUCCAAUGCGAAAAGCAUUGUAUUAACCUUUUUUACAUUACAUCGAGGAUGUCUUGUUCAGAGUAAGUGCUUCUAAAUUUCAACUUGGAUAUACUAUUAUUGUAAAAAACCGUAUGCUAUAUAUAAACUUGUUGAAAGGAUAUCAAAUUACCAAAGGGGGUUGCGACUGACAAGUACAAAUAAAAAUAUGGAGCGUAUUAAAAACAUAUAUCAGCGUUAAAUUGCUUUUAUAUCCAUCUAAAAGAAUUGUCUUGAAUUCCUUUAUUUAGUUUAUCUUUAGUUCAGUUAAAUAACAGAGAUUUAUUAUUAUCACACAUUUGUUUACUUCCUUUUUCACAUACAAAUAUUUCUACUUGUACUUACUUUUGUUAUGGUUUGUGCCAGACGAAGUCACCAGUAUACAGUAGCCGCACCGCAGGCCGUACAAAUCCGCAAAACACUCUGCCGUCUUGGCCAGUUACUGCGUAUCCUCAAACUUGGCAUUUUCCAGGGAUUCGAGCAGCCCAGUUCCAUGCCCCCGCACCAAUGUAUCCUGGAUACCAGCAAAGUAGUGUUUACUCAGUGUCUUCAUCUAAUUCUCCUGGAUUAAGUAGUAGAGGAUCUAGUGACAGAGCUGACAGUUUAGGUGGAGAUGGAGGAGAAGAAAAACUUAGCAAAACAAAUUUAUAUAUUAGAGGUCUAAAAGCAAAUACUACUGAUGAAGACUUAGUACGACUUUGUCAUAAAUAUGGGACUAUUAUUUCAACAAAAGCUAUUCUAGACAAAGACACUAAUUUAUGUAAAGGCUAUGGCUUUGUUGACUUUGAAAACCCAUCGUCAGCCCAGAAAGCAGUGCAAGCACUUGUUACCAGAGGGAUCCAGGCACAAAUGGCCAAGCAACAAGAACAAGAUCCUACAAAUUUAUAUAUUCAAAAUCUUCCACCACACUACGAUGAAGCUAUGUUGGAAAACAUGUUUAGCAAGUAUGGCAAGGUCAUUUCUACUCGGAUUUUGCGAGACAAGGAUACAAAUAGCAAAGGAGUUGGGUUCGCCAGGUAUGUCUCAUACUGUUUAAUAUUUUGACUUUUAUUUUCCCAU